UUUUUUAACAAAUGAUUUCAAGUAAAAUUAAGAAUCACACAGAUAUUGAUUUGAUAAUCCCAUUCACCACCCAGCCCAUGUCCAAGUGUAUGGAACCUUAUUUAUAAUUACUUAAUUUAAAUAAAUUUAAAAAAGAGCAAGAAACUUUACUAUAUUUAGCCCACACAAAGACCGACAGAAACCAUUCCUAUCACGUUACGCUCUGCAAAAACUAUUUUAGUAUAUCCAAAGCCGGUCAAACCUCUUCACUCUAGCACACAAAACCAUGAAGAAUAAUUAUCCCUCUAUUCUCCUCCUUCUCCUUAUAAUUUUGCCUCUGGUUUUCUCCCCAAUUGGAGUGGAGGGAGGCAAGCGAAGGAUUCACAUUACCGACGAUCUCGACGACGUCAUCGACGACGAAGAAGAUGAAGACUGGAAAGAAUGGGGUAAGAAGAAAUUCUCUCAAGAAUUCGAUCCCCCACCAUCUGACUUCGACAAGAUGGAGGUUUCCCAGAUUCAGGAGGAAGUUAUGAAGCGCCACAUGGGCCCUGCUUUCGGCUUCGUUAAGCUCCGCCUUGGGAUUCCACGGAAUCAGGACAUGGUAGCUGAAAUUGCUAUGAAAUGGACCAAAGUUUUGAGAACGGGAGCGCUUGGGGUGAAAUUCAUGGGGAUUGAUUUGAGCACAAUCAUGUUCAACAUGGAAGAUGGCCAGAAAAUAUUAGAGUUAAAGGAGUUCUUACUGAGCCAGGACGAGGCCUACGAAAUCAAGAUAGGGGAUCAAAUUUUUAGAAGACCAGGUGAUCCGCCGCUGGACGAGGUCGCUGAGCAACUUCGCCAAUCGAGAAACAAAGAGGUUGAUGAGCAUGUGAAAGAAGAGCUGUGAUUGGCUGGAAUCCUCCUGCUAUGUCACAUUCAAGAUUAAUUUAAUUGCAGGACUAGUACAUUAUACAUUGACUUUAUAAUGUUAAAAUCUGGUUUGACCUAGAAACCUUUGCUAGGUAUCGGAUGUUGACAAUUGACGGCUUCUCUGUUUACAUCUUAAUCCUAUUUUCUGUCAUGCAAAAGUAUAUUUCUGCAUCCUAGUACCAUAUAUAAUAAUCUUUAA